CAGAGAAAAAUAAGAGGAAAUGCGGAAUCUGAUCAAAUUUAUAUAGUGCUAGCUGGAGAACCCUUUUGCAACGAUAUUGUUUUUCUGACUGGCGUGUUUCAACAACCUGGAUUUCUGGAUGUCGACAGGUAUAAUGCAUAACAAUCACGUCCGGAGAGUUUACCUUUAGGCGUGGUGGAAACUCAUUCUCAAGACGGAACAUUUGCUCUGCCGUUGCCCCCUCUCCAAGAAGCCAAGACGUUGCUCCGCACCGAUUCGUGCGAUCUGAGGCGCAGAGCCCGUUCGGGAAGGUCGGCUCUUGGUCCCCUCCAGGGCGUAAUGAUGGUGCACUGCGCGGGGUGCGAGAGGCCCAUUCUGGAUCGGUUCCUCUUAAAUGUUCUCGACCGUGCAUGGCACGCCAAGUGUGUUCAAUGCUGCGAAUGUAACUGCAACCUGACUGAAAAAUGCUUCUCCAGGGACGGAAAGCUCUAUUGCAAAAUUGACUUUUUCAGGCGUUUUGGUACGAAAUGUGCGGGCUGCUUGCAGGGCAUUUCACCCAGCGACCUCGUGAGAAGAGCGCGCAGCAAGGUGUUCCAUCUGAACUGCUUCACGUGCAUGGUGUGCAACAAACAGCUGUCCACGGGCGAGGAGCUCUACGUCAUAGACGAAAACAAAUUUGUGUGCAAAGAGGACUACACGAGUGCGAGCGCUAUCAAAGAGGUCAAUUUAAACUCAGUGUCAUCGUGUACGGACCGGAGUUUAUCGCCGGAUCUCCCGGACCCGAUUCAGGACGACACGAAGGAGACGGACAAUUCCACAUCAUCAGAUAAGGACACUAACAACAACGAAAACGAGGAGCAAAACUCGUGCACGAAGAGAAGGGGCCCGCGCACCACCAUCAAGGCCAAACAGCUGGAGACGUUGAAAGCCGCGUUCGUGGCCACGCCGAAGCCUACGCGACAUAUCCGCGAGCAGCUCGCGCAAGAGACAGGCCUCAACAUGCGGGUCAUACAGGUAUGGUUUCAAAAUCGACGGUCUAAAGAACGCAGGAUGAAGCAGCUCAGUGCUCUAGGUGCUCGAAGGCAUGCAUUUUUCAGGGGACCCCGCAGAAUGAGGCCACUCGGAGGAAGGCUAGAGGACCCUGACAUCCUGGGCCCUGGAGGAUACAGUUACUAUGGAGAAUACCAGGGUGAUUACUACGGGCCAGUGGUCAACUACGAUUUCUUCCCUCACGGACCCCCUUCCUCACAGGCACAGUCUCCAGCUGAGUCCCCUUACAUCCUAGGCUCGGUUACAGGAGCCCUGGAGGGCGGCCCGGUCCCUGGUCACCACCCCUCAGACGACCAAAGGUUCACGGACAUGAUCUCGCAUGCAGACACCCCCAGCCCUGAACCAGGCAUGACUGGACCACUUCAUCCCAAUCAACAGGGGGAGGGUGGCUUCGCAGGGGGUCCUAGUCCCCCCUUCCCCAUGGCCAACAACACCAGUUACAGCGGCCCCAUGUCUCGUCCUGGCCAAGAGAUAGGGGAGAAUACAGUUUGGUAGGGUCGGAAAUUCUGGACAUGAGAAGUGAUCUGGUAUUGAGCCAUGGACUAUGGACAAAAAGGGGCUCUUCCACCCUUAACGGUCUACCCAAACCUUCCUACCUAUCAGAAAUAUCCCCUGAGUGCUAUAAGUAACCGAGGGAGUGCUUAUUAGCUGGUCUUGGUACUUCACCCAAUAUUUGGACAAAGGACUCUUCACAAAAUGAGGGGCAUUAACUACCACUCUCUCUCUCUGUUUAGUUUCUACUGUCAAAGGAUAUGUAUUGUCAUCUGACCAAUCACAAUGGUUUGAUUCCAUUGCUAUGGUUUCCCCAAGUUUAAUAUUAUGAUUGUGUCAUAAUCAACAAUAGUUCAAUUGUCUUUCCAAGGGUUUUCGACUGCUAUGACUAACUGAUUAGCAAAGUUGUCAAACUGCUUCCAUAUAGAAGUACAUUUGAUGACCGCACUCUUGGUGAAUGCUCAAUUGCAUCUGACAGUCAGUUUACUUUCAAACGUGAACUAAUACUUAAAGGUAAAUGCAUCUUCAUGGUUA